AUGGCAUCUCCUCAAGAAAACGACAACAAACCCGAAACAAUAAUAACACUAAAAAGCUACGAUGGAGAAGUAAUUGAGGUCCCCGAAAUUGUCGCUGUUUUAUCGGUCACAAUCAAGAACAUGGUGGAAGACGGCUGCGCAGGUGGCGUUAUCCCGCUCGAAGAAGUCGACGCAGAAACCCUGUCAUGGGUUAUUACAUACCUCAAGAAACACGCAAAUUUAAUUCCCACAAAUAUUGCUAAAUUUAUAAUGAAUAAAAGAAUGGGGACGGUGAGGAAACUUUUUGGCAUUGAAAAUGAUUAUACGCCGGAGGAGGAAGAGGCGGUUAUGCGGGAGCACCAAUGGGCCCACGAAGAAGGUGUUGAAUCUGAUGAGGAUUGAUUGUUAUUCAAGAUUUAGGUUUUUAUUCCGAAUUAGGGUUUUAUUUUAUUCGAGUUUUCAACUGUUGAAUUUAAUUUAAUUAGCUAUAUAUUCUUAUCAAUAUUACAACAUGUUUUUCUUCUUUCUUUGCUAUGCAUGGAUUGAUGUUUUGUUUUUCUUUUAAUAUUAAUUCAAAACCAUAGUUUGUUUUUAGUUACAGUGAUUUGUGU